UGACGCAUGCGCUUUGGCCCUCAAGCCGGGACGCUAUUUAGCCAAGGGGCGGGGCUUAAGAGGCAAGGCGCGAAAUGGGACGCGGAGAUUGGCUGACAGGGCUGUGAUGGGCAGCGGAGGCGAGGGGAACUUGCUUAAAGGGGACAGAAGGAACCCUUUGUGCUUUUGAGUGUGUGGAGUAGUGGUCCUCAAGCUGUGCCCUUUAAAGAGAUUUUGGACUUCAGCUCCCAGAAUCCCACGCUAUUGGCCAACGUGGCUGAGGCUUCUGGGAGAUGAAGUCCAACAGCUCUGAAAGGGCACCCUUUUUGGCCCAUACACUCAGUGGUCCCAGACUGUGGUCUUUAAGCGAAUUUUGGAUUUCAGCUCCCAGAAUCCCAGGCUAUUGGCCCACAGGGCUGAGGCUUCUGGGAGAUGAAGUCCAACACUCUCUGAAAGGGCACCCUUUGGGGACUACUGGUGUAGAAGGUUAACAUAUUUCUGGUCCAGGUUCAUUUCUGUCAAAUCCUCCAAGGGGCGAAUGGCUGUGGGUUUCAUCCUCUUCUGAUCCUGAAGAUGCCAGCCACAAAUGCAGGCGAAACAGCAGGAAUAAACUCUUCUAGAACAUGGCCGCAGCGCCCGAAAGACCCACAAAAAUGUUCAACCAGCUCUGGAAGGCCACAGUUGCCACUCCAUUCUCUUGAGGGAACCACUCCUGCCCACCAUGACAUCGAGUUUGCUCUCACCAGGUUGAGUUACCCAAGGAAUAUGAAUGCAGUGCAUAUAAGUUCUAGGGUUGAGUGUACAAUGGCUCACAACCAGCCGAGGAAAAGAUCUCACAGCAGGAGCCGAAGUGACUCUUGGAGCAAGCAGGAUGCGAGCGAGAAAAAGAAGGUAAAGAAGAGGAGGAAGAGCAGCAAGGAUUCCAGGAGCAGGAGAAGCCAGUCUCCGGCCAGCAAGAGAGGACCUGAAUCCGAAAGGCUCAGGCUGAGCUCAGCCUCUGCCAGAGACGUGGAAAAAAAGAAAAAAGACAAGAAGAGGAGAAAGACCAGCAGUGCUUCAUCCUCCUCGUCCUCCUCGGAGACCACUUCCUCAUCCUCUACAUCGUCUUCCUCCUCUGACUCCUCUCCUGAAGAAUCGGGUGAUGGUAAAUCCAAGCCUAAAAAGAGGAAACAGAGCAAGAAGAAGCUGCCCAAAGAGAAGGAUAAAAAGCAAAAGAAGAGGCGGAGGAAGAAGAAAGCAAAAAGGAAAGCAAAGAAGAAAAUGAAAGAGAGGGAGAAGGAGGGGAAAAUGAAAGUGGAGGAGCUGCCUGGACCUUCUCUAGACCAGUGGCAGAGAGAGACUGUGGCAGACCCUGGGCCAGCCCUGACAGAUGAGCAGAAAUCCCGCAUCCAAGCCAUGAAGCCAAUGACAAAAGAGGAAUGGGAUGCACGACAGAGUGUGAUAAGGAGAGUCACCGACCCAGAAACAGGCAGAACAAGACUUAUUAAAGGUGAUGGCGAGGUCCUUGAAGAGAUUGUGACAAAGGAGAGGCAUAAAGAAAUUAAUAAGCAAGCAACCCGAGGAGAUGGCCUUUCCUUCCAGAUGAGGACAGGAAUGCUGCAGUAAGAGAUUGUACUCUGACGUGUCAAAGAUGGAGUUUCUGCCCAGUCACAAAGGCUUUGUCUGAAACAGGGCAUGCACCCCCUUUGUCCCUAUGAAACAUGCAUGCCAGUGACGUAUACUGCAGUGAAAGCCCGGAGUGGUGAGGUACAAGGUUCCAGCCCAUAGCUGCUGCAUGCAUUUGUGACCUCCUGAUGUGUGUCUUCCUGGUUUGCUGCAGGACUUCUCAGCUGCACAGUGCAGAGGUCCUCCAGGAGGAUACUUUUAACUUGUUUCCUUUUCCAGCCAACUGUCUGCAUUGUGCAACCAGAGAGUAUUUCUCCUAAAGUAAAAGAGGAGUGAGUAGAAACAGACCUAGGAGAAUGGGGCUAGGCAUAAAUAAAUAGUGAGCACCUGACAAAAUAACUCCUUUGCAGGUGUUGCUCCAAAGCAGUUGGACAAAGUGCAAAGCUUGGGGCAAGUCUUACUGAGAACAGAGGAGUCCAAUUUAGACUCUGGUUGCCUCCCUUCUGUGAUGGGAAGUGUUUUAGAGGCAGCCCCUGCAGAUGCCCAGCUGGCCUCAGCUUAGUUGGGCGUUCACAAAUCUGAAUAAAGAGCAGGGUGAGUGCAGUCAGUCUGUAACUCUACAGGUGUUCUCUAUUGUCCUAGGUAAAACUCUGCUAGUACCACUGGUGCAACCUUUUUCUCCCCAUUCCCACACUGAAAUGCUUCAUGUUCACAGGCUCUAUUAGUAAGGAUUAGAUGGCAGUCCAAGGACCUCCCCCCCCCACAGCCUGUGCCAAAACAUGCUGUUCUCAUUCAGGUCCGCACUUGCCAUGUUCCACCUGUAGCAUGUCUUGUUAGGCUUCAGGAAUGUCUGUGGGUGACAGAUCAACACAAGUGUUCAGGUAACCUCAGUUUAUCUGAGUCAACAGUCUAAAGGCAGGGAUAAGGAAAGUGCAGUCCUCCAGAGGUUGUUGGACUGUUACUCCUGUCAUUGCUCACUGUAGGCCAGGCAGCUUAAGGUUGAUGGGAGUUGCUGCCCAGCACCAUCUGGACAACCACAGGUUGCCACCCCUGCACGAGAGCAGAAGCUAUGUUUGGGCAGAGUGGAGAAGCAGCAGCAUCAUGAAGUAGAUAGCAGUAAGUCCUGGUCCAUCUAGCAUCUGCUUACAACAGGGAUGGGAAACAGUGCCCUCCAGCUGUUGGGCUCCUGUUCCCAUUAAUCCCAAAUAGGAUAGCCAGUGGUCUAGUCAGAUAUUAUGGGAGUUGUGGUUCAUCAUGUAGAGUUGGCCACUCUGGUCUGUGGCUUAAGACAUAUAUACCCCAUCUGAUCCAGUAAUAAAAAUGGAUUGAAGUGUCCUUGACUUCAGAAUGUAAGGGUCAGAGCUUGGAAACAUUAGCUUUUGGACUACAACUCCUAGCAUCCCCACUACGUUCACAGUUGUAAUUCUAAAAAGUUAAGCUUACCAAGUUUCAAGUAGGAUGUAUGGUAAAUCCUAAAACGCUGGUGUUAGCUUAAUUAUUCAUUAGAUUCUGGAUUCUCAGAGAGUAUCUGAAGCUUUAAGAAAUUUCAGGGUAUCUUCCCCUGGAAUUUGUUUCCCCGAUGAAGGGCUCUUAUGGGCUGCUUAUACUGAAAGUUUUAUGCAGUUGGCAGAUCAAGGGAAGCGGGCUUUUCUCCUGUUCCCAGUAUUUAUCUGGGCAGAAGUCUUACCAGGUUGUUCAGCUGUCCUCAUGAAGAGACACCUUAUAUACACCACGUAUAUAUAUAUGGUGGAAGCCGUUCACAAAUGCGCCUUUGGCAAUCAGGCAUGUUGGCAGAAAUGUCAUGUUCAUGCUACUCUGUGAAUUAGCUACCCAUUGUUGAACAAUCAUGCACAUUGAACUUGGCAAUCAGAGCAAAGCAGGACAGAGUGUUGUGAUGUAUUUACAAAAUAUUGUAAGGGAACAAAUGCAUGCCAAGGAAAGGUUGCACAAAUGCUUAACUUCCAUUUGUUGAAACCAGUGCAUGAGUUUGGUUUGAUUAUGCUCGUAGGAGUCUGUGGCUCCUAUUUCAACAUCAGAACAACUUCUGUUCAGGCUGUAACAACCAGACCAGUCCAGAUGACAAAUUCCAUGCUGUUCUGCUCAAGAACGUUGUAGAAGAUGCCUACACAGCAUGUAUAUUAAAACAACCUUCCUUGUAAAUCA